CCCGUUUCCUGUUCGCUAUGACCCCUUCAAGUCCACCUGACCAACGGCUGUGAACCAAGCUAGCCUCAAUGAUCUGAAUCCAAUGAGCGGCUGUUUACCAGGAGUCUGCGCAGCUCAGCGACGGUUGGUUCAGAGGACAGCAAUGAGACAGCGUCAUCUGAAGAUGAGCAUGAUCUGUUGGACUUGAACUCAGACCUGACCAUGAAACAGAGCAUUAGUUCCUCCAGGAAGACCAUCAGUCAGAUAAUCAAGGACAAGAAGAAACAAACACAGCUAACUCUACAGUGGCUUGAGGAGAACUACAUUGUGUGUGAAGGAGUGUGUCUGCCUCGCUGCAUCCUUUAUGCUCACUAUCUGGACUUCUGCAGGAAAGAGAAACUAGAGCCGGCUUGUGCUGCUACAUUUGGAAAGACGAUCCGACAAAAGUUUCCUCUUCUGACAACAAGAAGACUCGGCACCAGAGGACACUCCAAAUAUCAUUACUAUGGAAUUGGGAUCAAAGAGAGCAGCGCCUAUUAUCACUCUGUGUAUUCAGGCAAAGGUUUAACCAGAUUUUCAGGGAGCAAGCUCAAGAAUGAGGGUGGCUUUACCAGGAAAUACUCUUUGAGCUCUAAAACAGGAACGUUGCUUCCAGACUUCCCCAACGCCCAGCAUCUUGUGCUGCCAGGAAAUAUUUCCAGAGAAAAGGUUGACACUCUGAUCAUGAUGUAUAAAACACACUGUCAGUGCAUCCUGGAUAACGCCAUCAAUGUUAACUUUGAAGAGAUCCAGAAUUUUCUGCUCCACUUCUGGCAGGGAAUGCCGGACCACCUGCUGCCGCUGCUAGAAAACCCGAUUAUAAUCGACAUCUUCUGUGUCUGUGACUCUAUUCUCUACAAGGUUUUAACAGAUGUUUUAAUUCCCGCCACGAUGCAGGAGAUGCCUGAGAGUCUGUUGGCCAAUAUCAGAAACUUUGCCAAACACUGGGAGCAGUGGUUGGCCUCAUCUCUGGAAAACCUCCCAGAAUCCCUUGCAGCUAAGAAGCUCCCUAUAGCACGCCGCUUUGUUUCGUCCCUGAAGAGACAGACAUCUUUCCUACACUUGGCACAGAUAGCCCGGCCAGCCCUUUUUGACCAGGCUGUAGUGACCAGCAUGGUUCUGGAUAUCGACAACGUGGAUCUCAGCAGCAUCAACUCACAACCACUGCUCAGCGUGUCGGCAGCUGGAGACCAGGACUCAGACAUUUACUCUGAGUAUGAUUCCAUCAGUGUCUUUCAGGAACUGAAAGAACUGCUGAGAAAAAACGCCACUGUUGAAUCGUUCAUAGAGUGGUUAGACUCGGUGGUUGAGCACAAAGUCAUCAAGCCCGGUAAGCAGUGCGGUCGAUCUGUGAAGAAGCGAGCUCAGGAUUUCCUCCUCAGGUGGAGCUUCUUUGGUGCACGAGUCAUGCACAACCUUACGCUCAACAACGCCUCCAGCUUUGGUUCCUUUCAUCUGAUCCGGAUGCUGUUAGAUGAGUACAUCCUGUUGGCUUUGGAAACUCAGUUCAACAAUGACAAGGAGCAGGACCUGCAGAACCUUCUGGAAAAAUACAUGAAAAAUGCAGAUGCCAGUAAAGCGGCGUUCAUGGCGUCACCCAGUUCCUGCUUUCUGGCCAACCGUAACAAGGCCUCCGCUUCCAUCGACCAAUCGGUGAAGAACGAAUCUUUGGGAGAACAUGCCUACAUGCCUCUGUCCACCAAUCAGCAGCAAGAUCUUGAAGCUAAAACUGCCCUCUAUCAGGGGAAUGAUGGUUCUGGUUUCACAUCUUCAGGUGGUCAGAUGGACUUCUCUCAGGUCAGCGGCCCACUCAUGACACCACCCAUCUCUCCAGCUGCGUUGGUGCACAGGGGCUCUGUCAUCAACCAGGGGCCCAUGGCAGGGGGGCCCCUGACGCCCUCUUCCUCGUCAUGCUCCUUCUCCUCAUCCUCCUGCCUCUCCUCUCUCAGUGAAAUGACACAGCCCAGCCCCUGCUCCUCAUACCCGGAAACCCUGUACCACUGCUUACCUCAGUCCAGUGGGUAUUUCCCCCCUGCCAGCAGCGGCUCCUCGGCUCCAAGUUACCAAACUGCUCUCAGAUCUCAGGCCCAGAAUCCCUGUCUGACAGCGGUUCGGACUCACAAUCCACCUCUGGGCUGUCACCUGCCCCGGUACCCGUCUCUCAAUGAUCCGCCCCUGAAUAAGGACAUUUUUUACUCUCAAUCAGUCCAUCACUCCUCUGGAAGCUCCGACUGUUCCCUGACGGCUUACGGUUCUGCAGUCCGGCCACCUUCCAGAUACACUCCGGGCCCAGAACCAGUUCAGACAGAACAGGGGCUGGAUCAGCAGGCAGCGGCUCAGAUUCUGGACGCUUCAGAAGGUUUUGGCUUCAUGGGGGCCGGACUGAACCUCGCUGGUGGUGGUUGUCAGGGACAGACGUGCGGCAUCUUGGGGCAUAGCGGUUUUUAUUGUAACAGCAGCUUCUUGGCCGGCCAGCGAGUGAAUCCUUUAGUUGAUCAGCACGUGUCCGUCAUCAGCAGCGUAGGAAGUCUUCGCCCCUUCUCCUCAACAUUCUCUGAAGUCCAUGAUCCACUGAACAUCCUGGACGAACCAGGGAGGAAAACCACAGGAAGCUUUUUCAGCGAGGCAGAAUCAGGUCAUUCCCUUCCCUCCUCUGGAUCCGCUACCUGCAUGUUCGGACUUUCCUCUCCGUUCGGCUCACAGGACGCUCUGAUGUCUCAGCAGCGUGGGAUGGCGUCCUCAGAGGUACAGGACCUGGUUUCCUCGCUACCACCCAUCAACACUGUGUUUAUGGGUGCAGGGGGAGCGCAGCAGUGACUUCUGUAGGAGGAAUCGGUGCAGGAAGUUUGAGGGAAAAACGAACAGAAAACAGGGUCUCUCACAAUGAACCAGUAAGGAACUGUGCGGUUUAUUUUACCUAAUAGAAAGUAACUAAAACAUUUACAGUUAUACCGUUUGAACUAAUAUUGAAAAGAAAUGGAUCAGCUUUGAAAUAAUAACUUUCUGUCUCAUGAUGCUCCCAUUUCUCCUGUGUAUAAAUAAAAUGAGACUGGUGAAUGACCGCACAACAUGUGAAUAACUGUCCAGAUUGUUUUUGUUUCUUCUGGUUUAGUUUGGUUUUGACCUUCUAUCCGGUGAACCUUUAUUAGGCUUUUAGAGACAACAGCACUCAGCUGUUUUGCUGAUACAAACAGAUUAUUUUUACCCAGCUGUUCUUGAUAUUGUAUUUCCUCGAAGCUUUAGUACUAUAUUUCAUCCUCUAAACUUGUGUGUAAAAUGCAGAACAAAAGGAAAUCUAUGUAAAUUUCAUUAAAAUAUGUUUUUAGAAGA